AUGGAGGCGAAAGCACGAGAACAGGAAGCCCUGCUGUCAAGGUCAACUGGCCAAGAAGCCCUGGAUCAGGCCAUAGCCGCGGCCGAGCUGUACAUGAAGGCAGCGGCGGCAGCAAAAAGCCCUUCUGAGAAGACUCGGCUGAAGCAGAAAAUCAACGACCUCAUCUCGCAAGCCGAGCGGCUGAAGAAAUCCAUCAAGGCAGGGGACAGCGUUAGUAAGGUCGAGCAACGUCUGAAGCUUCCGCGUCGGGUACGGCAACUUCCCACAAGCGAGAAAAAUAUCCUUCUCCGUGGCUCCAAACUGCAUGGCAAUAUCUUCCCACCAUGGGAAUCGGAUCCGGACCCGGAGGACUUCACGGGAGCAGUGUUCGUGGACACGGCAGAAUUCCCUCUGUCGGAAAGACAAGAACAAGUCUUUGCAGGCUGGAAGAGACCAACGGAACUGGAUGUUUACAGCAAUGCUGAUACGAAAGAUGAAUGGGUCAUGCAGAGCCUCAUGAAGGCAGACGACGACUAUGAUCUUGUGCAGGACAUAACGACAGACUGCUCCGUUGUCGCGAGUCUCUGCGCCAGCAUCAAACACCUACAGCCAGGGCCCCUAUCGAUACUCUCGGCGCUCAUGUUUCCGAUAGACUCGGAUCAUGGACAGCCAAAAGUCUCAGCGAGUGGGAAGUAUGUCUUUCGGAUGUACUUCAACGGUUGCUUCAGGAAGGUCAUCAUCGACGACAGACUGCCGUCCUCAUCAAAUACCCGCACCUUGUACGUGGUAGAUCGGCAGAAUCCCCGGCUGAUUUGGCCGGCGCUGAUGGAGAAGGCAUACCUCAAGGUCCGGGGCGGCUACGACUUUCCUGGAAGCAAUUCAGGGACCGACCUUUGGGUUCUCACCGGUUGGAUACCGCAGCAAUUGUUUCUACAGAGUGAUGAUAUUGACUUUAAUCAAACAUGGUCGAGGGUCAAGAAGGGCUACGACUACGGCGAUGUAGUCGUUACGCUCGGAACCGGACGUUUGUCAGAGGUUGAAGAGGAGACCUUGGGAUUAGCUGGAGAGCAUGACUACGCCGUGCUUGACAUCUCCGAGACCUCAGGCACCAGGAGGAUGCUGGUCAAGAAUCCAUGGUGUGACGGUCUCGUGUGGAAAGGGGCAGGCGCAGCGAGUGCAAAUGCGGCCACGGACGAGCAUCCAACUAAACUCAAGCCUGGUUCCUUCUGGAUCGACUUCGACGACGUGGCACAGCACUUCGAGUCCCUCUAUCUCAAUUGGAACCCGGCGCUCUUCACGGAACGUCAAGAUCACCACUUCGUCUGGCAGCUCCCGUCUCCGACCAUGUCCGAGUCGUUCGCCCACAACCCGCAAUACUCCAUGACGGCCAGCGGCAGUGGCAGCGUCUGGAUCCUCCUCAGCCGGCACUUCCAAGACGAUGAGCUGGCGAUCGCCAAAUCCCGCUCCUCUACGACCCUGGCAGACGUCUCGAACCGCCUCGGCUUCAUGUCGCUCUACAUUUUCGACAACAAGGGCCACCGCGUCCAGCUGGGCGACAAGUCGCUCUACCGCGGGCCCUUCGUUGACUCGCCCCAGACCCUGGCGCCCUUCGAGGCCAAGAAGGGCGUGCGGUACACCAUCGCGGUCGCCCAGCACGGCAUGCCGCUGCCCAAGUACUCCUUCACGCUGUCCUUCUUCUCGCGCAGCGCCCUCGACAUCAUCCAAGCCCCAGACCCCAUGGCGCAGUACACCGAGGUGCACGGGGCGUGGACGCGGCGGACCGCGGGCGGCAACGCCGCUUCACCCUCGUACCUGCUGAACCCGCAGUUCGCCAUCACGGUGCCGUCGCCGGGCCCGCUGUCGGUGCUGCUCUCGACCUCGAACCCGGACCUGCCCGUCCACGCGGAUCUGGUGUGGGCAGGCGGCGCCCGCGUCACCGCCCUGACGGUCCGCGACCUCGUCGCCGGCUCCGGCGACUACCGCCGCGGCUGCGCCCUGCUGCAGGUCCCCAGCGUCGACGCCGGCACCUACACCGUCGUCUGCAGCACCUUCGAGCCCGGCCACCUGGCCGACUUCACCCUGCGCGUCGGCAGCAACGCACCGGCCGGCCCCGGCGCGGGCGCCGUGGUGGUGAGCCCCGUGCUCGGCGACGCCGCGGGCCGGCUGCGCACCGCGCUCGCGCCCCUCGUGUUGGAUGCCGCUGGUGGUGGUGCCGGCGCGAAGCACCGGGCCCAGGUCACCGUCGCACGGCUGACGCGCGCCACCGUCGUCAUCACGCCGCCGGACCUGGGCUUCGCGCGUUCGACAACCACCAACACGACGCUGCGCCUGCGGCUGCAGACGGGGCGCGGCCCCAACAAGCAGGUCGUGGCAUCGACGGGGGGCGGCGAGUUCAAGGAGCUCGGCGCCGCGGGGCUGCGCACGCCCGAGUUCGACCUCGACCCGGCGGUCACGCGGCGCGGGCUCUGGGUCGUGGUCGAGACAAUCGGUAGUGGUGGUGGAGGUGGAGGCGGCGGCGGCGGCGGCGGUGGUGGCGGUGGGUUCAAGGUCGAGGUGCUCAGUGAGGGGCCCGUUGGGAUUGGGCCCUGGGAAGUUGUUGACGACUGA